AACCAAGCAAAACAAGAGAACGCAAAAGCAGUGAAAAAAGACUACUGAUUUGCAUCGACCUACCAAUUGAAAAUAAUCGCAAUAAUAGCCCCUAGGUGCAGCACCGCAACCCCGCGAAGCCAGUGUGCGUGCUAGCACGAAAGUGAACUGCAUUUUGCAUCGACAAAUUGCCCAAAAAUUGCAAUCGAAUUCCGCCCAGCCAAACAACAAUACGCACACAUACACACAGUACCCCCCGCUCUGCGUAACCGCCCUACGUUCCACAUUCCGUUCGCUCCCUAAGGUGAUCUAAAACUAAAGUGAUCUAAAACGGUCCCAACAUGACUGCAGCGCCAUACAACUACAACUACAUCUUCAAAUACAUCAUCAUUGGUGACAUGGGCGUGGGCAAGUCCUGCCUGCUCCACCAGUUCACCGAGAAGAAAUUCAUGGCCAAUUGUCCUCACACCAUUGGCGUGGAGUUCGGCACACGCAUCAUCGAGGUGGACGACAAAAAGAUCAAGUUACAGAUCUGGGACACGGCGGGUCAGGAGCGAUUCAGAGCAGUCACACGCUCCUAUUACCGUGGAGCAGCUGGUGCGCUGAUGGUCUACGAUAUAACCAGGCGCUCCACUUACAAUCACCUGAGCAGCUGGCUCACCGACACUCGCAAUCUCACCAACCCCAGCACUGUGAUCUUUCUCAUUGGCAACAAGUCGGAUCUGGAGAGCACUCGGGAGGUUACCUACGAGGAGGCCAAGGAGUUUGCCGACGAGAACGGCCUCAUGUUUCUCGAAGCGAGCGCUAUGACUGGCCAGAAUGUGGAGGAGGCUUUUCUGGAGACCGCUCGCAAGAUUUACCAGAACAUCCAGGAGGGUCGGCUCGACCUGAACGCCUCCGAGUCCGGAGUUCAGCACAGGCCAUCGCAGCCGUCGCGAACUUCGCUGAGUAGCGAGGCUACGGGCGCCAAGGAUCAGUGCUCGUGCUAAAUGAAUGAUGCAACCUAACUUUACGCUAACCUAGUUAUACAAAUCAACUUUUAUUUUUAGCCGACUCGUAAUCUACCGAUGCCCAAGCAAAAACCAAUGUAUGUAGUUAAAUAAUUCGAUUAAGCAUCAAUGUGUGAGCCAACAACAGCGACAGCAACCACAAAAAAA